AUGACUGACGUCUCGGACCUCGUUUUGAAGGUGACCGUUGUUCAGGGAAGGAACUUGGCACCGAAAGAUAGAAGUGGUAAAAGUGAUCCGUAUGUAGUGGUUACUCUAGACGACUACCGAAAUGUUACGCAUGCUGUUCCAAAAAGCCUGGAUCCUACGUGGAAUACCACGUUCGAUAUGCCGUUGGCUAAGUCUGGCGCACAUGAACUUCACUGUAUUUGUUGGGAUAAAGAUCGAUUCGGAAAAGAUUAUAUGGGAGAGUUUGAGGUUUCUUUGGAUGAAUUCUUUUCAUCCGGAACUGCUGAAGUUAGCUCCCGAUGGUUCGAACUAGUUUCUACCAGGAAAAAGGCUAAAAUAUCUGGAGAAAUCCAACUCAAUCUUCUUGUGGUCGACAAGUCCGGUAAGCCGGCUUCAGUUGAACAAAUACUGUCCGUCUUCAAAGCCUCGCCAUCUGUUGCUGGCACCCCAUUGUUGGAGCUUGAAAACCCCGCAGGUUUGGGUCUGGAUAUGGGGUCCGACGACGAAGUAUCAGAUGAAGACGAAGAGUCAGGUGAAGAAUCGCCCGAGACUCCUGGUCUGCCGAAGCAAGAGGGUGAAGAGAAGAAAAAGUCGAAGAAACGCCUAAAACUAAAGGGCAGAGGGAAGGGCACGAAGAGCAAGAAAAAUGAUACUUCAUAUGAACUCACCAAUAAUGGAGAUGUGGUUGGUGUUAUGUUCAUUGAAAUUCUAGCUUGCUCAGACCUUCCCCCAGAGAAAAACAUGACUCGAACAAGCUUUGAUUGCGAUCCGUUUGUUGUCGUCUCUUUGGGGAAAAAAACAUACCGCACAAGGGUCAUUCGACAUUGUCUGGAUCCAAAAUUUGAUGAGAAGAUGGUUUUCCAGCUUCUUCGCCACGAGCAAAACUACUCGCUGAAUUUCGCCGUCGUGGAUAAGGAUAAGUUCUCUGGAAACGAUUUCGUUGCCCAGGUUGAUCUUCCAGUGCAGGAUGUUAUUGCCACUGCACCGAAAUCAAAGGGUGGAAAUGGUCUCUAUGAGAUGCCUGAUUUCUCGACGUACGAUAUGUCCGCAUCUGUGGCGAGCUCUAGUAACGGAAGCAAGAGUAGAUUCCGUUUGCCGUUAUCUAGAUCAAGCUCAGCGACAAACCUGGCGAAGAAAGGCCGCGACCUUUCAUCGAAACCUGCUGGGUCCUCGACUUCUUUAUACCAAAUGACCAAACCCCCACCGAUUGAAUUGCCUCCGGCUACAAAAGAUGGCCAGCUUGUUCCCCCGGCUCUAUUAACCCCAACUCCUCCAACCCCAACUUCUGAGGAGCCCUCUAUUCCCCAAAUCGAUGCCAAUGAGUACAAUCUGAAAGCCUUUGAUCUACCGUUGCUCAUGAAGAACAAAGAACGAUGGGAAGGAAAGCACAGCCCAGGGUUGCACAUCAGGGCCAAGUACAUUCCUUAUCCGGCUCUCCGACAACAGUUCUGGAGAGUCAUGCUUCGGCAGUAUGAUGCAGACGACAGCGGGAUGAUCAGUAGGGUCGAGCUGACGACUAUGUUGGAUUCCCUGGGGUCCACACUCAAGGCUAGCACCAUUGACGGGUUCUUUGAACGAUUUGCCGAGGAAAAUGGUAACCCACUCGAUAACUGCUUGGAUUACGAGCUUACUAUGGAUCAAGCGGUUAUUUGUCUAGAGGACCAGCUUGCCACUACAACUAAGUCCACAAACCGUGGAUAUUCUCCCUAUAAUCAUAGUAGUCCUAGCUUGUCGAAAGACGAGCAAUUGACGGAUACGGCAUCGACGAAAUCCGACACAAACUCCGACAGUUAUACACCAGCAAGCCAAUCAAAAUCACAAUCAACUUAUUCCUUAAACCAAACUCUUACAACGCCAACAUUGUCUGUUCCUGGAAUGGGGUCUGCGGGUGAAGAGGGUGUAAAUCUUUCUAAUGAUGGAUUAGCAGACGAGGAUGAGAAGGAAGAACACGUUAUUGUUGUUAAAGAAUGUCCACUGUGCCAUCAACCACGAUUACAGAAGCGCUCGGAGGUCGACAUUGUCACGCAUUUGGCAACAUGUGCUAGUCAAGAUUGGCGAAGAGUAGAUCGAUUGGUUAUGGGAGGGUUUGUGACCUCGAGCCAAGCACAACGGAAGUGGUACUCUAAAGUCAUUACCAAAGUAUCGUAUGGUGGAUACAAACUUGGAGCGAACUCUGCGAAUAUCCUUAUUCAGGAUCGAAUCACCGGGUUAAUCUCCGAGGAACGAAUGAGUGUCUACGUGAGACUCGGUAUCAGACUUCUGUACAAGGGCUUGAAGAGUAGCAGUAUGGAAAAGAAGAAGAUUCGUCAAUUGCUUGAAAGUUUGAGCUUUAAGCAAGGCAAGAAGUAUGAUAACCCUGCUUCAGCUCGCGAAAUCAAACCAUUCAUUGCUUUCCACCAACUUAACAUUGACGAGGUUUUGAAACCCUUGGAUGAAUUUAAAACAUUUAACGAAUUUUUCUAUCGAGAGCUGAAACCCAAUUCCCGUCCAGUUUCUUACCCUGAUAACCCUAAAAUCAUAGUCUCGCCUGCUGAUUGCAGGUCAGUAGUCUUUGAUACUAUUGAUGAUGCGACUAGGAUCUGGGUCAAGGGACGUGACUUCUCCGUGGAGAGGUUGCUUGGGAUGGCUUAUGGUGACGAAGCCAAGCGGUUCAACGGCGGUGGUCUGGGCAUUUUCCGCCUUGCACCUCAAGAUUAUCAUAGAUUCCAUAUACCUGUGGAUGGUGUUAUGGGUGAGCCUCGGUUGAUAAAGGGAGAAUACUACACUGUCAACCCCAUGGCCAUCCGAUCUGCGCUUGAUGUAUAUGGAGAAAACGUCAGAAUCAUUGUUCCAAUAGACUCUGUUGCACAUGGGCGUGUGAUGGUUGUCUGUGUUGGUGCUAUGAUGGUUGGCAGCACAGUUAUUACUGCCAAAAGUGGCUCUACUGUCGCUCGAGGGGAUGAACUUGGGUACUUCAAGUUUGGUGGAAGUACUCUCGUAGUCCUUUUCGAGCCUAACACAAUGAGAUGGGACGACGACUUAAUCGCUAAUUCAAGCGAGGCGAUUGAAACUCUGAUUCGAGUGGGAAUGUCCGUCGGGCAUAGCCCAGACCAGCGUGAGGUUGGUCACGAGACGAUAUCCAAGCACGUUACGGCGGCAGACAAGGCGGACGCUAAGCGGCGUGUGGAGGGUAGCUUGGCCCCUCCUCGGAAUGAAUGA